AUGUUCUCUCACUGUCUAAAGACUAUCCAAGGCUCAGGCCUCAAGAGAGACAAGAGUGGAGGCCAUGGUGGUGCCUGGAGACACAGGAUUCACUCCUGCCUCCAAUGCCUCUGGCCAUUUUCCCGGAAGGAAGCAGACUUGACCCAGGGCAGCCAGGGCCAAGGCCACACUGACAAGGCUAAGGAGGAUUCUGCCCCAAAGGACCAGAAGGAGCCCUGUGGAGAGUCCCGCAUCAGUGCAGAUGUGGUGGAAAAGCUAGUGAACCACCUGGUGCCUUCCCUGCAGGCUGGGGACACCUUCUUUGUCCCUGCCUUCCUGUGUACAUACCGAAGGUUUGCCACCACCCAGCAGGUGCUGGACCUGCUGUUCAAGCGGUAUGAUAACUUCCACCCUUAUUGUGAAGAAGAUGAACAAGUAAAGAAGACCAUUUGUAUAUUCCUAGACACAUGGAUGGACAAGAAUCCUGAUGACUUUUGCCACUCCUCAUGCCUGUCCAUUCUGAGAAAGAUGAAAACCUACUUGAUUGUGAACAUGCCAUACUCAGACCUUAUUGUUCGUGUCCAUAUGCUCCUAACUUAUUUGGAGGAACAAGGGGUUAGUGAGUCAGAGGCCAAAGAUGAGAUAGACUCAGGUAGGUGCUUGAGACCCUGUGUGUGAGGAGGGUUCAGCACCUGGUGCUCCGGGGGAGGCUUAGAGGCUCCUGUUUGUGGGAGCUGUCACUGGACCCUGGUCUGGGCACACGUCCUUUUGUAGGACCGGGUCUGGAUUCCCUGCAAGUAUAGGUCUCCUCUGUCUUUGGAAAGGCUGAGAGGAGGUCUCAUCCUGGGGAUCUUGUCUCCUCCUGCAACCCAGUGCCACUUCCUCCUUUCACAAUGACUGCAUCAGCAGCACAUCUGUCUCCAUCUUUAGAACUGUGGAGCCACAUAUCCGAAGAUCCAGAGCUUGAAGUGUGCUAGCCGGCAGUGAAACCAGGCACUCUGGGGCCAGAACCAGCUAGUGCACCAGAGUCAGAGAGCACAAAAACCACCAGAAGGUUCCUGAGGCACCUCUGCUGUUGCAGCCAGAUGUGGCAGGAGAGUCCAGGCAGCACUCCCCAUACAGCUCUGGCACCUGUGUCUCACCACGUCGGCAGAUACAGUGUGCCUUUCCCACAUCCCACCCUUCUACCCCUUUAGAAUGGCCCUGCCUCCCUCUGUCACCAA